AUGUCUGACGUUGAACAAGAACAAAUUGUCGAAGAAGUUGCCGUUGAACAAGAAUCCGGUUCCAUCUCUAUUGAAGACUGUCUUAAGGUUGUCUUAAGAACCUCUUUAGUCCACGAUGGUUUAGCUAGAGGUUUAAGAGAAGCUUCUAAGGCUUUAUCCAAGAGAGAAGCUCAAUUAUGUGUCCUCUGUGACUCUGUUACUGAAGAAUCUAUCGUUAAGUUGGUUGAAGCUUUAUGUAACGAACCAGAAGAAAAGAUUCCAUUAAUCAAGGUCUCCGAUGCUAAAUUAUUAGGUGAAUGGGCUGGUUUAUGUCAAUUAGACAGAGAAGGUAACGCCAGAAAGGUCGUUGGUGCUUCUUGUGUUGUUGUCAAGAACUGGGGUGCUGAUUCCGAUGAAAGAAACAUCUUAUUGGAACACUUCUCCCAACAAUAA